AAAAUGCAGAUAGAAUGUACGUGCAAAAAUGUAUGUUUGUGUUAUGUAUUAAUCCUGAUCCUGAUAUUAUUAUUCCCUUCAGGCCACCAAGACUAUAUUUUGGAACCACUUUCCCUGCCAGAAAGUGCAUGUGGCAUUUCUGCUGAAGAAGAAUCUCCAGCUGUGCCUUGUCUAUUCUGUAAUGAAUAUUAUCCAAUAUCAGAACAAAAUCAAAUUCUGAAACACAUGAUCACAAAACACAAAUUUGUCAUAGCAGAGGUCAAGCUGAUUGCAGAUUUUAGAAGGUAUGUUUUGUACUGGAAGAAAAGAUUCACAGAACAGCCUAUUACUGACUUCUGUUGUAGAAUAAGGACAAACUCUGAAGCAGCUUUAGAGGAUCAGGACGAUUAUUUUCUUUUAUGUGAUGCCUUACCUGAAGACAGAGAACUAAGGGAGAAACUUCAACAACAAAGACUGAAAAGUAUUCUGGAUCAACAGCAGCAAGAAAGAUAUGAUGCAGAUUUUCAUGGCAUAUGCAUAUUUUGUGAACAGCUUUUUUUGGGUAACAGGUCAGUUCUUCUCAAUCACAUGGCAAAAGAUCAUGCAUUCAAUAUUGGAUUGCCAGACAACAUUGUGAACUGUAAGGAGUUUUUGGAUGUUCUUCAAAAAAAAAUUGACAGUUUCCAAUGUUUAUACUGUGAAAAAACAUUUGGGGAUAAGAACAAACUCAAGGACCACAUGAGAAAGAAGCAACAUCGUAAAAUCAAUGCUAAAAACCAAGAAUACGACAGAUUUUAUAUUAUUAAUUAUUUGGAAUUUGGGAAGUCCUGGGAACAGGUUCAGUCAGAAGAUGAUCGAGAAUUGUUCCACAAUCAAGAAGAGGACUGGUCUGAUUGGGAAGAACAUCCUGUUUGUGCAGUCUGUCUCUUCUGUGAAAAACAAACUGAUACCACAGAAAAACUCUAUGUUCACAUGGAGGAGGCUCAUGGAUUUAACUUGUUAAAAAUUAAGUCUGAGCAUAAUCUGAAUUUCUAUCAACAAGUAAAACUAAUGAAUUUCAUCAGGAGACAGGUGCACCAGUGUCAGUGUUUUAAAUGUGAGAAAAAAUUCCAGUUGAAAGAAGAGUUAAUAUGUCAUUUGGAAGAUAACAAACAUAUAGCAGUUCUGCCUGACAGAUCUGUUUGGGAUCAACCACAGUACUAUUUUCCUACCUAUGAAAAUGACACCCUUCUCUGUACACUUUCUGACAGUGAGGAUGAACUGACAGCUGAAAAACGAACAGAUAACAUACCUGUCUUUAGUGAAGAUGUUUCCAAUAUAGAGGCUUUGAAACAGAGCAGUGUAUUAAAUGAGCUUCUUCAUGAGGAGUUAAAUAACAUAGAAGCAUGAUUACAAUGAAAAAAAAAUCUUAAUAACUGUUUUUCAAAUUGAAAAAGGGGUAAAAUAUGUGGGUGUUACUAUGUACAACAUGAAUGGCAUAUUAUUUCAACACAAUUAUAUUACAGUAUGGAAUGAAAUUAAGCAUGAUCCAUCAAGAUGGAAAAAGAUGAAAUUUAUCCUUCCUUGGAGAAAUUUCUGUGAUAAAAAUAAAAGU